UUUUACAUGGUUGAUAGCCGAAAGUAACACGUGCUGCUGAAGUAAUUUUUGUGAAUUUUAGUCAUAAAAUAAGUAAAAAAGAUGCCUUUAGCAGUCGACUUAUUGCAUCCUUCUGCCGAAAAACAGAGGAGAUCGCACAAAUUGAAAAGGUUGGUUCAGCAUCCUAACAGUUACUUUAUGGAUGUUAAAUGUCCCGGCUGUUAUGCAAUUUCAACAAUAUUCUCGCAUGCCCAGUCCGCAGUUCCAUGCAAAGGUUGUUCUACAAUCCUUUGCACUUCCACUGGAGGCAAAGCGAGACUUACAGAAGGUUGCAGUUUCAGGCGCAAACAACAUUAAACUAAUAAAUAUAUUGUGACUGUAACUAUAUAUUGUUUUCUAAUAAAUUGUAUUAAUAAAGU